AUGUCACUACCUCCUUCAUUGUCAUCGCCAUCUCCUUUGACAAAUCCGAUAAUUGUUCCUUCGAGAGUGGAAAUUCGUACGUUGACAACUAAUGAUGUCAGAUCACCACAACAAAUUUUGCAUCAAUAUCAUCGAACAGUACCAAGGCAAACGGUUAGUCAAGAAGUGGGUACAUCCUUUUCAGUCCUUUCACACAGUCAACAACAACCGCAAACACCAAUCACAGUUUCUAUGACGCCCGUGACUCCACGCAAUACCGAUGUUCUUGAUUUAAAACCAAGUCUCCAAAAUAUCGUAGCAACGGCGAAUCUCGGCUGUGAAUUGGACCUGAAACGUAUCACUUCACAAGCACGCAAUGCUGAAUAUAAUCCAAAACGUUUUGCCGCUGUUAUUAUGCGCAUUCGCAACCCACGUACUACUGCAUUGAUCUUUAAAUCUGGUAAAAUAGUUUGUACGGGUGCAAAAAGUGAAGAAGCUGCAUCACAAGCAGCGCGCCGUUUUGCACGAGUCAUUCAAAAACUUAACUUUUCGGUCAAAUUUGGUGAUUUCAAAAUACAAAACAUCGUCGGCAGUGCUGAUCUCAAAUUUAAAAUUCGACUCGGAGCACUUCAAGUGGCGCAUAUGAAUUUUUGCCGUUAUGAGCCGGAAAUCUUCCCAGGUCUCAUCUAUCAAAUGAAGGAACUAAAAAUGGCUUUACUCAUAUUCGCAUCAGGCAAAGUUGUACUCACUGGUGCAAAAACUCGUGAAAGCAUUUACAAAGCAUUUGAAAAAAUCUUUCCGAUUCUACGUCAAUUUCAACAGCCAGGAGCCUAG